AUGGCUCCCGCGGCUCAGUCUGGUGCUAAGAAGCAGAAGAAGAAGUGGUCCAAGGGGAAGGUCAAGGACAAGGCCCAGCACUCGGUCAUCCUUGACAAGGCCACUUCCGACAAGCUCUAUAAGGAUGUCCAGUCCUAUCGCCUCGUGACGGUCGCCACCCUCGUCGACCGCCUCAAGAUCAACGGCGCCCUGGCUCGCAAGUGCCUCAAGGACCUCGAGGAGAAGGGUCUCAUCAGGCAGGUGGUUGGUCACAGCAAGAUGAAGAUCUACACUCGUGCCGUUGGCGCCGCUGCCGAGUGA